AUGGCUCCAUCUGCAAGAACAAGAGCGAAGACAAAGACAACAACAAAGGCAAGAAAAACCAAUUUCAAGAAGAAGCCCGUCCACCAAAAGGGUAAGCAACAAAUUACUCCUUCGAAUUCUCCUUCGAAUUCCUCCUCCGUGGUCUGCGAUGAUCCUCCGAAGAUCGAAGGCUGCGCAGAUGAUGUGGAGGGUCCUGAUGAUGUCUCUACAAGCGCUUGCUCCACACCAAAAGGUCAGAGAUUUCGGAUACCGGAGAUUGUGACAUGUCCACCGGCGCCCAAGAAGCAAAGAGUGAUUUCAAACUGCUUGUUUCGGAGAUCUCCCAUCGCUUUCUUUGCUCCCCCAGACUUGGAGCUCUUCUUCUACUUUGCAAAUGGCGGUAUUUCAGUUUAA